AGCUUUUUCUUUAUGUCCACUCAAAGAAAAGGGCUUUCCAUAUGAACAUGAUUAUGAAGAUAUGACAAAAAAGAGAGGGUGGGGUAGGGGGCAAAAGUAAGUUCUACAUUUUGCUGGUGCAUCCAGAAAGACAGAGAGUGAGAGCAGAAUGGGGACUUUCCUGCCUUUUGUGGGAAUGGUGGUAGCAGUUCUGGCUAAAGCUAGCGGCAUGGUUGCAGCCAAAGCAGCCUUCUCAAGAGGGAUCAACAAAUAUGUUAUUAUUCUUUACUCUAACAUCCUCUCCGUCCUCAUUCUUCUUCCUUUCACUUUUGUAUUCCAUGGGUCUCGGUCUGCACGUCCUCCACUUACCUUUUCCAUUCUUUGCAGAUUCUUCUUGCUUGCUCUUUUGGGGUUUGUUAUGCUAGUGUGUCAAUAUACCGGCAUAGAGUACAGCUCUCCUACACUGGGCACAGCAAUGCUCAACCUUGUUCCUGCUUUUACUUUCAUUCUUGCAGUCACUUUCAGGAUGGAAAAACUAGACUGGAGAAGCAGAAGCAGUCAAGCCAAGACAUUAGGGACCUUGGUGUCAAUUGCGGGGGCAUUUGUUGUGACAUUCUACAAGGGGCCAAAAGUAAUCAAAACACAAUCCCCCACUGUCUCAACUCAUCUACUUCUCUUAUCGCCGCAAUUAAAGUGGAUCAUUGGAGCCCUUUUGCUUGCCACCCAAGCACUUGUGCUUUCAUCAAUUUAUAUUCUUCAGGCAAUGGUUCUCAAAAUGUUUCCAGCAGUACUUACUCUCCAAUUUUAUAAUGCCUUCUUUGGUGCCAUUCUCUCUACAGUCUAUUCUUUGAUUAUGGUUGAAGACUCUAGUGCCUGGAAGCUAGGACUUGAUAUAGGGUCAAUUGCUGCUUUAUACUCUGGGCUUGUUGGAAGUUUCCUGCCUUGGACCUUGAUGUCAUGGUGCCUCAGCAAGACAGGACCUCUUUUUGUUUCCAUGUUCACACCAUUGGCUAUUAUUUUCGCAGUUGUCAUGGGAGUUCUCUUCUUGAGAGAUUCUCUAUAUCUCGGAAGUAUGAUUGGUGCAGUCAUAAUUGUGGCUGGAUUUUAUGCUGUCAUGUGGGGGAAAGCUAACGAAGAAGAGAAGUCCAGGGAGGAAAGUGGGUCCGGGACUACCACAUUAUCCAGUGAGAAGGUCCCUCUGUUGCAAAACAGAAUUGAAGACAAGAAUUCUUCUGUAUAAGUUUGAUUUUACAGGAAAGAGAGGCCCUUCCCCCAUGUUGAAAGUGUAAUCACGCAGGACAUGAUAGGCGGUAUGGUGGUUUUAUGGAUUAAGGGAGUUAUGGAAAAGUUCUCUUAGUUUUAUUAAGAUUAGUUCUCACAUUAUUGUUAGUAUUUUCAUUACAAGUCCAAGUUCUAGUUUAGUUAGAAUCGGAAUUUUAUUUCCUUCUAAUUCAGUGGUCUUAGGAAUAUCUAUAUAUGUUGUGAAUACUUUGAAUUUUUAGUUAGUUAAUUCAGCACUCUUGAGAUUGUAUGAUGCUUUCAAUCUCAGGUGCGACUUGCAGGAUCACUUUUUCAUACCAUUCAUCCAUAAAUCAGUUCCUUUAUUUCUUAUUUUACUGUUCAUACAUAAAACAUUCCUUAAAAAGCCUGAAGCUGUUGCGGGGUUCGAGCUUGGAGAGAGGAUAGGGAAAAAGCUUGUUCUGCUAAUUAUGGGGAUGGUGAUGAUGCCUGUAUAAACGAGGCCCAUUUCUGUUGCUAUGAAGUGGAAGCUGCGUCCAACCCAAAAAACAGAAGUUAAUUAUUAAAUGGUCGGCAACCAC